AUGUCUCGUUGUCAUGUAUUUAUAUUUAUGCAUGUGUUGGUUUUCAUUUCUGUUAACAAGUCUAAUCUGAGUAGAUGCUUGGGCGAUUACUAUAACUGUGGGAUGGGACGAUGGGGUUUUGAAUUGCGGGUUUUUAUAGUUUGUUUUGCAAUGCUUGUUUUACUGUUUCAAUUGAGUUUUUUUGCCAUAGCCAAGGAUUGGAAACUUCGAACCAGCUCUGUGUUGCAACUGCAAACUGUGGUUUGGUUAUCCGUAUAUUUAGAAUUAGUUAGUUCAUCCUUUAUUUAUUUAUUUCUUUUUUGUGAAUCAUAUGAAUCUCUCAUUGCUGCUUGCCGAGGGUUUGUUUGA